AACUUGUUUGCGAGGAUAUAUUGACACUAAACAGGCCUCGGCAACUGAACGCUCUCUCCUUCAAAAUAAUAUUUGAUCAGUACUAACUACUAAGAUUAGGCAAACCCAAACGGGUGCGGAACCCGUAACAAAUUACUGAAUAAGCUUCCUUCUUCCUCCAAUAGAGCCAUCAUGGCAGAACUGAAAAAACCCAAAAGCUUUCUUCUUCCUCCACCAUACUCAAAAACUGGGUUGUUGAUACAUUAGCCCAUCUCUUCUCCUCACCGCAAGUCCGUAGCACGAAAAGGGAGAUUCGGAGCUCACUCGCUCUCUUCAAUUUACAGCGAAAAUCACAUCCUUGAAGCUUUUGCAACCACUAAUUUCAACUCUUUCCAGCCAGAAACUCUCUUCCGCAGAUUAGCAAGCCUGAAGUUUGGGAGAAAGUCCCUGAUUGGUCUUUACUGAUUCAGUACUACUAUAGUAAUACUAUACUCCAUUUUCACAUUUCCAGCACAAUCAUAUUUUCUAUGGCUUCUUUCAUCAACUCGGAUGAAGAUGAUCAAAUUUUGAUACAACAGAACUUGUUUGCGAGGAUGUUGACACUAAACAGGCCUCGGCAACUGAACGCUCUCUCCUUCGAAAUGCUCUCUCAGCUGUCCCAACUAUUCCAAGCCUAUGAGGACGAUGCCAAUGUCAAGUUGAUUAUUCUCAAAGGCAAAGGAAGAGCAUUUUGUGCCGGCGGUGAUGUGGCGGUGGUGGCUCGUCAUCUUUUCAAAGGCAACUGGAGAUUUGGUGCCCAACAAGGUAAGAGAGUGUAUACCUUAGGCUACUUGAUAGCAACAAACACUACGCCCCAGGUUUCAGUGCUCAAUGGAAUUGUCAUGGGAGGUGGCGCCGGAGUUUCUAUACACGGUAGGUUUCGUGUAGCAACUGAGAACUCGGUGUUUGCUUUGCCGGAAACAGCUCUCGGGCUGUUUCCAGAUUUAGGUGCCUCUUCUUUUUUGUCAAGGCUUCCUGGAUUCUUUGGAGAAUAUCUUGGUCUUACUGGUGCUAGAUUGGACGGUCCUGAAAUGCUCGCUUGUGGUUUAGCAACUCAUUUUGUUCCCUCAGCCAAAUUGGCCUCAUUAGAAGAAGCUCUAGCAUCGAAAAUUGCUUCAACAAAUAUAUCAAGCGGUGACCUUGCUGAUAAUAUUUCAGCUAUUAUUAAUCAAUACUCGAUGCAACCAGCUAUAAAAGAAAAAAGUGCUUGCUACAAAAUGGAUGUUAUUGAUGAGUGCUUUUCUAAGAGAUCAGUGGAGGAAAUAUUAAGUGCUCUUGAGAAGGAGCUAGCUACUAUUGGUCUAAAUGGUUGUGAAUGGUUGUCUUCAUCGAUUGAAUCCCUGAAGAAGGCGUCGCCGAUAAGUUUGAAGAUUACAUUGAGAUCAAUUCGAGAAGGAAGGAUGCAAGGAGUUGGCGAGUGCCUUGUUCGUGAGUACAGAAUGGUUUGCCAUGUUGUGAGAGGAGAAAUCAGCAAGGACUUCAGGGAGGGUUGUAGAGCUAUAUUGUUGGAUAAGGAUAAGAACCCAAAAUGGGAGCCUUGUAAGUUGGAACUCAUCACUGACGAGAUGGUUGAUCACUACUUCUCGAAGUUGGAUGGUGAUGAAGAAUUGGAAGAGUUAAAGCUGCCUGAAAGAUCCAAUUUGUAUGGUAUUGCCAUUGCCAAGCUUUAACUGAUGAUCGCUUGUGAUGCUAUUCUACACUAAAAACAGCUUGAAUUACCAUUCAUCGAUUCUUGUGUGUUAAAAGUCUGCGUAGAGUAUUUACCUUGUUUCUUGAAGCGUAAACUACUUCAAAUUCUAGAUUAUCCCCUAUGAGAAUCCAACUAUGGAAAUUCGAUUGAUUUUCCUUCAAGAAAGAAAAAAAAUCUAUAUUGACUGGUAAAUUGCAAUGUAAAGUAGGUCAAAGAUAGCAAGCUUAAUUGCUUGAUUGAAUAAUAGACAACACAGUUUGUUAUUUUCAUAGAGUUUGUUCAUUCUUUGAUUAUUGGUGAUCACAUGAAAAUAAGAUAUUUUUGUUU